AUGCUAAUUGGUAGAAGAACAACAAUUCGUGGACGUGUAACACAAUUUGGAUUUGGUACGUUUUUAUCUCAGAAAUUUUUACAUCUUUCUGAUCCAGCAGCACCAGUUCAUUUGAACGUUAUUAAGUAUGAUGAAAAUUCGUGUACGGAAAUAAAAUGUAAAACUAUUGAAGAAUUUCUACAGACACCAUCGGAAACAGUAAACUCAAUGACAUGGAUUGACAUCGAUGGCAUUCAUGAUCCAGAUGUUAUAUCUGGAAUAGGUGAACGUUAUGAUAUUCAUUCACUAGUUCAAACAGAUAUAACAACAACUGAACAACGAACAAAAUUAGAUGUAUUGGAUGAUGCUUUAUUUGUUGUAUGCAAAUUAAUUUAUCAUGAUAUGGAUUGUACAGGUCAAAUAAUUAUUCAACAAAUGAGUUUUUAUUUAAAACAUGAUAUUCUUAUAACAUUUCAAGAAACAUCCAAAGAUUUAUUUGAUUCAAUAAAAAAUCGUAUUCGACAAGGAAAAGGUCGUAUAAGAAAAUCUAAAAUUGAUUAUCUCUUUUAUUCGCUUCUUGAUGUUAUUGGUGACCAUUAUAUGGAUGUUCUUCAUAUGAUGGAUACAUCAGUUGCAUCAAUUGAUAAUCAAUUGAUGAAAACACUUAAACGUGAUACAUUAGAAUCUAUAUAUGAUUUAAAACGUGAUAUUCUUUCUUUACGUUCAAUAAUAUCUCCAUUCAAAGAAAUAAUUAUUAAAUUACAAAAAGAAGAAGAAACACAAAUUAUGCAAGAAAGUACAAAUAUUUAUUUAAAAGAUUUAUUUGAUCAUAUUGUACAAGCUAAUGAUUCUAUUGAUACAUAUAGAGAAAUGUUAUCAUCAUUUAUUGAUUUUUAUAUGGUCUUAAAUUCAAAUCAUAUGAAUGAAAUAGUUAAAACAUUAACAAUUGUAACAAGCAUUUUUAUUCCAUUAACAUUUAUUGUUGGAGUUUAUGGCAUGAACUUUGAAAAUAUGCCUGAAGUUCGUUAUAAAAAUGGUUAUUUUAUUGUACUUGGUUGCAUGGUAGAUAUGUUAAGAACAAAAACAAAAGAGAUCUUUCAAUCUGAAAUUAGUUCGAAUAGUCAUCUCAUUGAAAAAUUGAAUUACAAAUUUGAAAAAGAAUCAUCAUGUAACAUUCAAUGUGUAAAAAAUGAAUCACGUGAAAAGUUUCUCAACCAUAGUGAUUGUCAUUUUCAAUAG